AUGAACACUGGUGGAUCUGCGAGUGCUGUGGCGGGUUACAGGGACGCUCCGCGGUCCCAGCGGGAAGGGCGGCCCGGGCCGCAGGGCCCCAGCGCCGUCCCGGCGGCAGCGCUGCUCCGCCCCCGCUGGCCCGCAGGGGGCGCGCGGCCGCCUCAGCCGCGCUCAGCGCCCGCCCCGCUGGGCCCGGGGGAUCGGGGCCGGCGCGGGGGCUCCGUUCGCUCUCCUCAGGCGGGCAUGGCGGCGGAGGACGAGGCGGAGCUGAGCCUGCUGGAGUGCCGGGUGUGCUUCGAGCCGUACGGCCCCGACGGGCAGCGGCGGCCGCUCAACCUGCCCUGCGGGCACGUCCUCUGCCGGGGCUGCGUGGGGGCCCUGGCCGGCGCCGAGCGCCGGAGGCUGGAGUGUCCCUUCUGCCGGCGGCUCUGCGGCCCCGCCGAGACCAGCGACUGCCGGCCUCUGCUGCAGCUGCUGGAGCUUCUGGGCCCCGGCGGCGGCGGCCUCGCCUCGGCCCUGAGCAGGAGCGGCGGAGGGGCGGCGGCGCCGGCUCCCGCGGGGCUCGGUCUGCGGCUGUGCCUGGGGGGCUGGGGGUCGCUGGUGAACCCCACUGGGGUGGCGGCCUGCCCCGGGUCGGGCCGCCUGGCAGUGGCACACGACGGCAAGAAAAGGAUCCACGUCUUCGGGCCGAGCGGGUUCUGCCUGCGGCGUUUCGGGGAGCGGGGGGACGCGGGCAACGACAUCAAGUAUCCCCUCGAUGUGACGGUCACGUCGGACGGACACGUGGUGGUCACCGACGGCGGGGACUGCUCCGUGAAGGCCUUCGAUUUUGAGGGAAGGGGAGUCCUGGCUGUCCGGGAAGGCUUCUCUUUGCCCUGGGGCUUAGAUGCCACCCCCAAGAGCGAAGUAAUCCUGACCGACUCGGAGGCAGGCGCGCUCUACCGCUUGACGGCCGACUUCCAAAGGGGGGAAUUAAAGAAGUGUCAGAUGAUCCGGUCCCGGCUUGUCAGCCCCAGAGCGGUUGCAGUCUGCCAGACCUCGGGUGCUGUCGUGGUAAUAGAGCACCUAAAAGCUCGAGGGCCGAGCAAGGACAGCACCCGCGUGAAGAUAUUCAGUGCCGAGAUGGAUCUCAUCGGCCAGAUGGACAGCUUCGGUCUGAACCUCGUUUUCUCCUCCAGAAUAUAUGCUACUGCUGUGGCCUUUGACAAAGAAGGUCGUGUUCUAGUAACGGAUGUCUGUAGCCUGGCUGUCAUAUGCUUAGGGAAACCUGAGGAAUUUCCCAUCUUUAAUCCUCUAAUUAGCCAUGGACUUUCUUAUCCUGUCGGACUGACUUACAUGGCAAAUGAUUCCCUUGUUGUUUUAGACAGCGGUGAUCAUUCAGUAAAAGUAUAUAGCUCUACCUGAAUGGGGUUAGAUGCUUACUGCAAGCUGCUUUUGGCCAUAAAGCAUGGAGAGUUCUGGUGUUUGUAGGUGUGAAGGGAGGAGGCAGAUUUUGGGCUUUGAGUGAAAUUACUCUCUGAGCAACACGCCGUGCUUCCUGCAAAACUUGCAUCGCAUCUCUUGCCUACCUGUUGGAGAGGACCUGGCUGUUGCUGCCUGUAGCCAACAAUGAAUCAACCAAACAAAUCAUUUGGCAUUUAAAAACUAUUCCAUGUCUUGAUAACCAAAUGUUUUUUGUUCUUUUUGACGAGUAAUCAAAGACCAGCACCUGUGAAAGUAAUGUGUCAUUUAUUUAUGUGGCCCAGCACAUAGUUUUCACUAUUCUUAAGUAUAGAUACACUCCUGACAGAACUGUUUCCAGGAAUUGUGCACAAGGAAAGAGAUUGCCUUGACAGAAUGAUAGGAGAAUUGGAAGCCUCCGCUCAAGGUUGCCUAAAUCCAGCUAAAAUCGUUGUGAUGGAGGAGCUACCACUGAUGAGUGAGUUAUGAGAAGUGAAUUCAUGUUCAAAGCCUGUUUUUUCCGUACCAGGAAAAUGUACUUCGAGGAGCACUCUUGGCUAGUUUAUUCCUACCUUUAUUAAGGUUAUACUGGAGCACUUUGUCUUCCUCUAAAAUGCUCAAGUCUGUGUCUUUACCCAGAGUUAAUCUGGUGUGUGGUUACACAGAGUGGGCUGCUUUCCCUAAAAGCCCCUUGAAGUAUUCUAUUCACGUUUAGACCACAAAUACUCCUGCAUGUGUAAGUUUGAGUUGGCUGUGCUGCUAAUGCUACAGGUAGGAAGUUUUCAGCACUGUCUGCCCCUGUUUUGUCAUUAAUAUGGUGCUUUUACACCUCAAACUCCAGGAUUCAACUGCAAAUUGAAAUGUUAGUGAGAAGUAAUAGAGAAAGGGGGACAUAAGCAUCAUUUUUUUUCCUAGCUUCCAAAUGAGGUUUUGUUGAUUGUGAACACACAGGAGAUUUAGAUCAGUUUAUAUUCUCUUGUUUUACUCACAGUAAUAUUAUAUUCUCACUUAUAUUCUCACAGUUUUACUGUGGACGCAAGUCCUGUUGCCUUAUUGCACAGUGGAAAUUAUGGUAUAUAUGAGAUAUUUUGAGAAGGAUUUAAUACCCCCACUAGAAGUCACUGCUGCAUUUUUAGUCAUUUACCUGCUGCUAAAAUGAUUACUUAGAUGGUUCAGCAUUAAAAUGAAGUUAGAUAUAAAUGUAAAUGCUAUCUGAGGUAGAGACGAGUAGAUUAAAAUGGCAGAAAACUUUUUGGGUAAUUUCUUUGUUUUAGUAAUUGAAAUCAUUAAUAUUAACUAAGGUAAUUUGAAAUUCACAGGCAAUCUGUCAGUAAAUUUUUUAUCUGGCUUUUGGUCUGACUUCAGGGCAUUUAAUAACUGCAUGUGUUACAGCACCAGUGAUUUACCAAAUACUUGCAUUAAAUUGGAGCAGUUCAGCCCUCUAAUUCAGCCAAUGUGUUAAUCUGUCUCAUGUCAACAUUUAUAUAAACAAAACAAAUCUAUUAAUUGCAGCUAUUUGUAAAGGUUAAUUGAACAGUGACCUGUCAAUAAAGUGUGAUUUGCUUAUUCCUAUAUUUUAA